AUGAGCGAAUACGCUACUUUGGUGAAAGGCCUAGACGCCCAGGAUAUUUUGACAGCGUUUCCAGAAGUCAUCCCGCUUCAAAAACGACCAAAUACGGCCUCCAGCGAGAGCAGUGGGAGCGAAAAAGGUGACCUAGUGUUCGACGGACAUGACGAAGAACAAAUCCGUCUCAUGAACGAAAACUGCAUUGUUUUGGACUGGGAUGACACCGCAGUCGGUGCAGGCACCAAAAAACUGUGCCAUCUCAUGAGCAACAUCGACCAAGGUCUGCUUCACCGUGCCUUUUCAGUCUUCUUGUUCAAUAGCGACGGGAAACUUCUGUUGCAGCAGCGUGCGUCCGAAAAAAUUACUUUCCCAGAUCUGUGGACUAACACAUGUUGCUCGCAUCCUCUAUGCGUGGACGACGAACUGGGGCUAGAGGGCUCUUUAGAGGCUAAAGUGGACGGUGCUGAAACUGCUGCUAUUCGUAAACUAGAACACGAGCUGGGUAUACCCUCCGAUGAAACCAGCCAAAAGACCAAAUUCCAUUUCCUGAACAGAAUACACUACAAAGCGCCAAGCAACGGCCCAUGGGGUGAACAUGAAAUUGAUUACAUUUUCUUCUGCAAAUUGCAACCAAACCAAUCGUUGACCGUCAACCCAAGUCCAAACGAAGUGCGUGAUAUUAAGUGGGUCACGGCUGAUGAACUCAAAGCUUUGUUCCAGGAUCCAACCCACAAAUUUACACCUUGGUUCAAGCUCAUUUGCGAAAGUUAUUUAUUCCAAUGGUGGGAUCAGCUCAACGACUUGUCUGGUGUCGAAAACGAUACCCAAAUUCACAGAAUGCUGUGA